UGACGCGGCCUCCUCCGACUCACUUCCGGAGUGCAGUGGCGCAUGCGCGAGGCGCCCGAGAGCUCGCGAGGGAGGCUAGGUUCCUCCCUCCUCUCCCAGGACGCCCCGCGGCCCCCGGAUGUGAUGUCACGAGGAGGCGUGGCCACAGGCUGAUUAAAUCAGUCGCGCUUUAUAGAGAGGCGCGACGCGGCUUCCGCCGCAGCCGGGGUGUCUUCCGCGUCGGGGUCGGUCUGGGCCGUCCGCUCCGCGGGACUCGGGGAGCUAGGUGACGCGGAGGAGGUUGCCGUCGCGCCGCGGCCCGAGUGUCACGUCCAGGUUAGGCGCAGGCGCAGACGCGGCCGGAGCGGUUCCCCGAGAAGACCGACUUCUGGGUAGCGGCCCCCUCGAUCCGGGCCAGAGACCCGACGGCGCGCGGGCGGCUUCCCCGGGACUGAGGGGCGCGGGCCGCAGCGGACCCGAACCCCCGACCGUCACCAUGGCGGCCCUCGGCCCCAGCAGCCAGAACGUCACCGAGUAUGUCGUCCGAGUUCCCAAAAACACAACGAAAAAAUACAACAUCAUGGCCUUCAAUGCUGCUGACAAAGUCAACUUUGCUACCUGGAAUCAGGCCCGGCUGGAGCGAGACCUGAGCAACAAGAAGAUUUACCAAGAGGAGGAGAUGCCUGAGUCUGGUGCGGGCAGCGAGUUCAACCGCAAGCUUCGUGAGGAGGCUCGGAGGAAGAAGUAUGGCAUCGUCCUCAAGGAGUUCCGGCCAGAGGACCAGCCCUGGCUGCUCCGCGUCAAUGGCAAAUCGGGCAGAAAGUUCAAGGGCAUAAAGAAGGGAGGCGUGACAGAGAACACGUCCUACUACAUCUUCACUCAGUGCCCUGACGGGGCCUUUGAGGCCUUCCCGGUGCACAACUGGUAUAACUUCACGCCGCUGGCCCGACAUCGCACACUCACUGCUGAAGAGGCCGAGGAGGAGUGGGAGAGGAGAAACAAAGUCCUGAACCACUUCAGCAUCAUGCAGCAGCGACGGCUCAAGGAUCAGGAUCAGGAGGAGGAAGACGAGGAAAAGGAGAAGCGCAGCCGAAAGAAAGCCAGUGAGCUGCGCAUCCACGACCUGGAGGAUGACCUGGAGAUGUCGUCUGACGACAGCGAGGCCAGUGGUGAGGAAGGGGGCAGAGCCCCCAAGGCCAAGAAGAAGGCACCACCCACCAAGGGGACCAAGAAGAAGAAAAAGAAGAAGGGCUCCGAUGAUGAGGCCUUCGAGGACAGCGACGAUGGGGAUUUCGAGGGCCAGGAGGUGGACUACAUGUCGGACGGCUCGAGCUCGCAGGAGGAGCUGGAGGGCAAGCCCAAGGUCGUCCAGCAGGAGGAGGGCCCCAAGGGCGUAGACGAGCAGAGCGAGAGCAGCGAGGAGAGCGAGGAGGAGAAGCCACCCGAGGAGGACAAGGAGGAGGAGGAGGAGAAGAAGGCGCCCACGCCCCAGGAAAAGAAGCGUAGGAAAGCAGACAGCAGCGACGAGUCGGACAGCUCGGAGGAGAGCGACAUUGACAGCGAGGCGUCCUCGGCCCUCUUCAUGGCGAAGAAGAAGACACCCCCCAAGCGGGAGCGGAGGCCGUCGGGAGGCAGCUCUCGGGGCAACAGCCGGCCGGGCAGCCCGAGCGCGGAGAGUGGCAGCACGUCCUCCACCCUGCGGGCCGCCGCCAACAAGCUGGAGCAGGGCAAGCGGACCAAUGAGACGCCGGUGGCCAAGCGUCUGCGGCUGGACCCGGGGCCCCAGAGCCUGUCGGGGAAGUCAACCCCUCAGCCCCAGUCGGGGAAGUCGACCCCCAGCAGCGGAGACGUGCAGGUGACGGAGGACGCGGUGCGCCGCUACCUGACGCGGAAGCCCAUGACCACCAAGGACCUGCUGAAGAAGUUCCAGACCAAGAAGACGGGGCUGAGCAGCGAGCAGACCGUGAACGUGCUCGCGCAGAUCCUCAAGCGGCUCAACCCCGAGCGCAAGAUGAUCAGCGACAAGAUGCACUUCUCCCUCAAGGAGUGACGGGCGGCGCCCACCCACCUGCCCAAUAAACAGGCUCCGUCGCCAGAA